CUAAACAGAAAGAUGGAAACUAAAAUACAUUUACUCUGCCAGGGAGAAGAAAAUAUUGAGUUAUCCUGUGAUGGUUCUAGUUCUUCUGCAACCAACUUACCAUCAAAGAAUAUUGACAGCAAAAAAUACAUCACCUUUUCUAAAAUGAUAGAAAAGAGAUUUUCACCUCAAUUUAGGUGUUGGAAGCCAGAACACAAAAAAAUGUAUGAAACAUCAAUACUCCUAUGUGAAGAUGAAAAAUCCUCUGCUAUUUCAGGAGGGAAAAUAGUCAGGAGAAGGAAAAAUUUACAAGUGCAACUACAUACUAAAAGACCCGAGAUUGCCCCUUCUAUGAAGCCAUCAAAGCAGAAGAUGGCUAUGAAAGAACACUCUUCAUGCAAGUUGCUGAAUCAGUACACUGUUCACAAGACUUUAUCACCCCAUUGUACAUCUUCCUCUCUUACUCGGAGAAAUGAAGUGCUUUAUAACCUGUCCCAGACAUUGUAUGAAGAAGUACCUAUAGGACAUUUUUCCUCAGAAGAAUUAAGUGCACUUCAGAAAGCCUGUAAAAUUUUUAGUAAAAUUCGAAGAGGUAAAAUUUAUGUAAAUGAUCUGCCAAUGAUCCUUCACAUCUUGAAGAUUUCUCUCAGUGAUUCAGAAAUGCGAAAGGCACUAACAACUACUGAUGUUGAUGUUAAUGGGAUACUGCCUUUUACAGAUUUCCUGAAGGCAGUGAAUGAUGUUUCUUAUUUGGUCUCUCAGGAUCCAGCAUUUCAGAAUGCCUUGAAGAUUUUUCAUAGGAUAAAGGGUGGUCGAGUUGCUGUUGAUGAAGUGGCUACUGUUUUGGAUAGCAUGGCUAUCCCUGUAAUUCCUGAAAUUUUACAGGAAGUGUUAGCUCAUGCUAGUAUUGACCGUAACUUCACGGUGGAUAUUGGGGAUAUUAUAUUUACUUUGGAUGAACUACAGCAACAAUAUGAGGCUGUUUCUAUCAUGGAAGGGUCAACCUUGGAUGAAACUACUUUAGACAAAAAGUUAUCAAAUGUGUUAGGAAGCCAUGGAAAAUAUAAGAGGAGAGACACUUUUUCAUCUAAAUCAUCUCAACUGUUAUCCCAAAGAUUUAGUGGAAAUGACCUCCAAUAUCAUAAAAUUAUGGAGAAAAAUGACCUUGAAUUUAAAGACUCAAAAAGAACGGUGCAAACAAGAAAAUACCUGGAUGGGGUUGAUAGCAGUGACAUAAGAUUCCAGGAACCACAUUCAAAGGAAGGAGUAAACUUUAAGAGAAGUGUGGAGAAAGCUGAAAUUCAUGGUUCAAAAUCAAAACCACAGAACUUGAAGAGUAUUAGCAGACUCAAAAAGUCCCUGGAUAAAAGUGAUACUAUUAAUAUCCCAAAACUUCAGGAACCAUCUGAGAGAAGUCAUUCCAGCCUCCCUAAACAGGGUACAUUUAAGGAAAAAACUACAGUUAAUGCAUUGGAAAAUGUCCUUGAAGCAAUCAGUAAACUCCAGGAAGAUUACAUUGCUGCAGAAGAACUUCAGUCUAUCUUGCCUUCAAUAGGAAUUACUUUAUCAGAUAAAGAGUUCCAGAAAAUUGUGACAAACACUGAUAGAAAUGAAGAUGGGAUGAUGAAGUUAGAUGACUUUUUAAGUGCUCUCUCUAAGGAGCAAAGUCUUCCUGAACAUGAUGUGGUGAAGAAUGUCAUUAAAGCCAUCGAUAAAAUUAAAAAUGAAAAUGUUGAUUUUGAGGAUUUGAAUACAUCUCUUCAAAACCUUGGCAUUUAUCUUUCUAAGCCAGAAUUUGAGAAAACCAUGGAGUUGAUUAAAGUUGAUGAAAUGAACAAAGUGAAUUUUAAAGAAUUUGUUGAUACUGUGAUGAACAACAUAGAGCACGUCCCUGAAAAAUUAUUAUUGUCUGAUACUGUUGAAAACCUCCGCAAUCUCAGCCAAGAGACUAUCAGUGCUCCUGAUCUAUGGAACAGUCUGUCUAGUUUGAAUAGAAAUUUAAAAAAAGAUGAGUUCCUAGCUGCACUGAAAUUAUCAACAAUUGAUGGUGACAAAGUACAAACUGAUGAAUUUGCAAAAGUGGUAAAAAACAUGUGUGAUGCCUCCAGGUUAGAAGAAUUAAAGGAGGUUGUCUCAGCUCUUGAUUUGCUUGAAGGUGACAUGAUAGCUGGGAGGAACUUGGAAGAUUUUCUAAGAAAUAUUGGGAUUAAGUCACCUUCAGAAGAGGCAGAGAAAAUUCUUCAAUCAGAUUUUGUUUCUGAAGAUGGCAUGAUUAAUGUUAAAGACUGUGUAAAGGCUUUGACAGACACCCAGACAUUUUCCAAUUUUAUUGCAUUGAAUGAGGCCAUGAAGGCAUUGGACUGCAUUAAAGAAAGUAACCAGUCUGAUAAGGACCAGUAUUUAGAUGUACAAAAAAACACCAGUAGAAUUAAUUCCAUUGAUCAUGUUCCUCAAGAAAUACUGGAUGAUUCCUCAAUUCAGGAUUUUAGGAAAAAGGCUAUAUCUUCAAAUCUGAAAUUGCCAAAAGCUGAUGAUUUUAGGGAAGCUGCUUGUAUCUUGUCACAUGUUGAUAAUGGCAAAAUUGGCAUACCUAAUUUGGAGCAUGCCCUGAAAACUUUGAAUGUUAAUUUAGCUGAAGAGGACUUCAGGGAAGCCCUUAAAUAUUGUGACAUCAAUGAUAAUAAUGAGGUGGAUUUAAAAGAUUUCUUAAGUGGAAUUAAGGAAAAUCCACAAAUCAAAGAUUCCCAAGCUACACAGCUACUAUUAUCUACUACGCAAGUUUUCCAGAAUGAUCUAAUUGAUAUUCCUGCCCUCAAGACAUUAUUGAUGAACAGUGACCUCCAUGCAGCUAAUACUUUACUUAAUGAAGUAUUAAGACAUGUACCUGAACAUGUGGAAUGAAUUCCUGGAGAUGCUGUUGCCAAGUGGAAAUUAUAGUAUACUGAUAUCCAGGGAUACCUCAGUGGGGUUGUACAUAGUGUUGACUCGGAG